AUGUGUGAUCACUCAGCAAACCCUCCAAAGAGACGACACUUUUUCAGUCGUUGGUAUGCAUGGAAGGAAAAAUGGAAGGAUGCUCUGGUUAACGAACUAGAAGGAAGACGGGAAGAUGUUUCAGAUGAGGAAUUUCGGAAUAGGGAUGCUAAUUUGAAAGUCUCCAAAUCAAAAUAUUCUGAAACACUAAAGGUUCAAUCAGUUGAUUUUCAUAGUAAGUACAACCGAGAAAAACAUCAUACUGAUGAAUACGAGCAAGAAGACUUGAUUGUUCGUCGAGGGUCGCCAUUUUACUUGAGUUUUACGUUCCAACGAAACAUCAAGCCGGAUGCUGAUUCCAUAGUGUUGCAGUUUGUUACAGGUGAUCGUCCUAAGCAAAGCAAAAGUACAAUAAAUCGUCUGCGCGUGUUGUCACCUCACAAAACCGAAAAACAACAACUCAAACGACAAUUGUGGAAGGCUAAGCAUGUGGAACUGAAGGGUAAAACUAUCAAAAUUGAGGUAACCCCUGCUGCAAAUUGCUUUGUUGGUGUCUAUGAGGUUUAUUUGGAAACCAAGAAUGUCAAUGAUCCUGAGGACACACCUGAACGAUAUCAACACCAAGAUGAUAUUUAUAUCCUCUUCAACACUUGGUGUAAAGAGGACCCAGUUCAUAUGGAACAUGAAGAUGACAGAAAUGAAUACGUUCUUAACGAGAGUGGAUUGAUCUGGGUUGGAUCAGUAUGUUGCAAUCAUGGCCGACCUUGGAAUUUUGGACAGUUUGAUGAACCUUGUCUUGAUGCUGCCCUAGUGCUGCUCAAAACAGCUGGUCUCCCAGAAAAUGGUUACAAAAAUCCUAUUUCUGUCAUCCGUUGCCUUUCUGCUAUUAUCAACAGUUGUGAUGAUGAUGGCUUAUUGGAAGGAAGAUGGACUGAACAUUAUCCAAAAGAUUGCACAGAACCAUGUACUUGGACUGGCAGUGUGGCUAUCCUUAAAGAAUAUAUGGAAACCAAGAAAUCAGUCCGUUAUGGACAAUGUUGGGUUUUCUCAGGAGUCAUGACAACAUUGCUUCGGGCUCUUGGAAUUCCAACAAGGUCAGUUACCAAUUUUCAGUCUGCCCAUGACAAAGACUGCAGCAUGACAAUUGACUUUCAUUUUAAGGAGAAUGGAAAGCCAAUGACAUUUUUGGAUGAUUCUGUUUGGAAUUUUCAUGUCUGGAAUGAAUCCUGGUUAAAACGGCCAGAUUUGCCUGCUGGCUACGAUGGAUGGCAGGCUCAUGAUGCCACCCCCCAGGAAUGUAGUGAAGGUAUAAUGCAAUGUGGACCUGCUCCCUUAAAAGCUAUCAAAGAAGGCCAAGUUUACCUUCUUUAUGAUGUCUCAUUUAUUUUUGCUGAAGUCAAUGGGGAUCGUGUCUCUUGGAUGGUAACCGAUGAUUGGGACAUGAUUGCAUUUAAUAUUAACAAAAAUAGUGUUGGUAAGUUGAUCAGCACAAAAGCUGUUGGAAGUGAUGAACGAGAUAAUAUCACCUGUUUGUACAAGUAUCCUGAAGGCAGUGAGGAUGAAAGGAGAGUUGUAAAAUUUGUGAAUCAGUUUAGUUCUCGAGCGGAAGAUGACAUCUAUGAUUUGGAUGUUGUCAAAGAUGUAGAAUUUGAAUUUGAACCCCCAACAAAAGCAGAAGUUGGAGAGGGCUUUGAAAUAAAACUGAAGAUGAAAUCUCUGUCUGACUCAGUCAGGAAGAUUGAUGUCGUUGUAACACUGAUGUCAUCUUUUUAUACUGGAAUCGCAAAACAGGAGAUAAAAGCCAAAAACGAAACAAUUGAACUCAAGCCCAAGAAAGAAUUUGAAUUUCAACUUCCUGUUGGUAUUAAAGACUAUGAGACUCAUUUGGGUUCAGAUGCCUCAUUUACUGCAUUUGUGAAUUGCAAAGUACAUGACACAAAGCAGUGCUUCAUAACAGUAGAGAAAGUCACUUUGAAAAUGCCGGAUUUGGUUAUUAAGUGCCCCAAGGAAAUGGAGAAAGGCACUGAAGCAAAAAUGACCAUCACCUUUACAAAUCCAUUGUCUCUGAAUCUGACAAAUGUUGUCUUAAAUGUGGAAAGUUUAAAAGUUGUACCCCUAACAACAUUCAGGGAAAAGUUUUUGCCACCGAAGAGUAAAUUUGUUAAGGAAGUGACAUUGCAUCCCAAAUCAUGUGGUUAUAAACGUGUUGUUGCAAUUCUUUCCUCAGAUCAGUUGAAAGGUAUUGAGGACCUUAUGUGUAUAUUUACCACUAAUAUUAUCUAUUCAUCUAUCUAUCUAUCUAUCUAUCUAUCUAUAUAUAUAUCCUAA